GAUCAGCGACCAUAUUUUUGACAUCCGCAGACAUUGAACAGACAAGUGUUGAGCGAAAAAAAUUGUACGAAUUUCACUAAUUUUCCGAUCGAGCGUUUUCGUUUAAUACAGAAAGCUGCAAAAUGUUCAAGUCUGUGGUUCCGGUUUUGGGCCAAGUGCCGUCGGUCGCAUGUGCCGGUCAACAGAACCGCGGAAUGGCCACCCUGAAGGCCAUAUCAAUCCGUCUUAAGUCGGUCAAGAACAUCCAGAAGAUCACGCAGUCCAUGAAGAUGGUGUCAGCAGCUAAGUAUUCCCGAGCUGAGCGCGAUUUGAAGCAGGCUAGGCCAUAUGGUGUUGGAGCGCAACAAUUUUAUGAAAAGGCCGAAGUUGCCACGAAAACGGAAGAACCGAAAAAACUGUACAUUGCAAUUACUUCCGAUAGAGGUCUAUGUGGUGCGGUUCAUACCGGCGUGGCCCGUCACAUUCGUGGUGAGCUGGCGCAGGAUUCUAACAUUCGAGUUAUUUGUGUCGGUGACAAGUCCCGUGCCAUACUUCAACGUUUGUAUGGCAAGAACAUCGAAAUGGUGUGCAAUGAAAUUGGUCGUUUGCCACCCACCUUCCUGGAUGCUGCCAAGUUGACGAAUGCAAUCUUGAACUUGGGCUAUGAAUACACCGACGGUAAAAUCGUAUACAACAAGUUCAAGUCUGUGGUAUCGUAUGCGGUUGCCGAUAUGCCCAUCUUUAGUUUGAAAACCGUAGAAUCUGCCGAAAAACUGCCGGUGUAUGAUUCUCUUGAUUCGGACGUUAUUCAGAAUUAUUUGGAAUUUUCGCUGGCCUCAAUGUUGUUCUAUGCCAUGAAGGAAGGUGCUUGCUCGGAACAGUCCUCUCGUAUGACAGCUAUGGACAACGCUUCCAAGAAUGCUGGUGAGAUGAUUGACAAGCUCACACUGACGUUCAACCGAACCAGACAGGCUGUAAUUACUCGAGAGCUGAUUGAAAUCAUCUCCGGUGCUUCGGCCUUGGAAAGCAAGGAUUAAGGGGCGGAGCCUUUUGAAGAAGAUCAAUUCGUUGUCAGCAUUAGAUUCUAUUCCCUGUGGCAGUCAAAUGUUCCGGGCUGUCAGCGUAAAACUAAGCCACAACAGUUUUCUGUAACAUCUGAAUGUGCGGAGGUGAAAUAUAGUCUAUACAAUUACGGAAAAUAAUGUUAGUG